CAUCACCUUCUACGAACUGAUCAGUGGAGCUAGUCUAUCCUAUAAGCGCGCUCACAGCCAACCUGCAAACAUUCGCUGACACCUUCACAUUUCAGAGCGGGAGGCAAUGGCCACGAGGACCGACGCAUCCUGGGAAGUUCUUUUUUAUUAGGCUACAUUUCAUUCAAAAGGGAAAAGUGGUGCUUUGGAGCUAAUCAUCUCUAUCAACUGUAUAGGCUAUAGAUUACCUUGACAACCAGUCUCGGUGAUUGACAGCAGGACCGAUAAGCGAAGGUUUUCGAUGCGCUUAUUAGAAAAACUUUUAACCGAAGGUUCUUAAUUGGUAUUAUCCGUCAUGGUGAUUUCGCUAUUUAGGCUAUUGCAAUAAUUAUUCUUGAAAAAUACACAUCUUCACCUUGCUGCGGGUUUCCUUUUUAUUGCCACUGCGGAUUACAAUAUUCAAUUGGAUAUAAAAGGCAUCAACUUAAUACACGACCUUCUCUGCGGACUGAGACAGUAGCUGUUUCUUACCUCUCUGUAUCUCCAAGACAAGCGCAUGUCGAUGGCGCAAAGGUACGAUGAGCUGGCUCACUAUGGUGGUGGGAUGGACGGAGUUGGACUCCCGGCGUCCAUGUAUGGAGACCCGCAUGCUCCCCGGCCGCUUCCGCAAGUCCACCACCUGAACCACGGUCCGCCUCCACAUCCAACCCAGCACUAUGGAGCCCACGCACCCCACAACAUCAUGCCCAGCAGCAUGGGCAGCGCUGUCAACGACGGACUAAAAAGAGACAAAGAUCAAAUCUAUGGUCACCCGUUAUUCCCUCUGCUAGCACUGGUGUUUGAGAAGUGUGAGUUGGCGACCUGCACACCGAGGGAGCCUGGAGUAGCGGGCGGCGAUGUCUGCUCCUCAGACUCCUUCAACGAAGACAUCGCUGUCUUUGCAAAACAGAUACGUACAGAGAAACCGUUAUUUUCAUCGAAUCCGGAGUUGGACAACUUGAUGAUCCAAGCUAUACAAGUAUUACGAUUUCAUCUUUUGGAAUUAGAGAAGGUGCACGAGCUCUGCGACAACUUCUGCCAUCGGUACAUCAGUUGUUUGAAAGGCAAAAUGCCCAUAGACUUGGUCAUAGACGACCGAGAUGGCUGUAAAUCCGACUUCGAUGACGUGACAGGAUCCUCCACAAAUCUAGCAGAUCACAACCCGACGUCCUGGAGAGACCUGGAUGACGCCCACUCCACGCCCUCUGUGGGCACCCCGGGGCCCUCCAGCGGGGGCCACGUCUCCCAGAGUGGGGACAACAGCAGUGAACUCGGAGACGGCCUCGACAACAGCCUCGCGUCACCGGGCACAGGAGACGAGGACGACCAGGACAAGAAGAGGCAGAAGAAGAGGGGCAUCUUCCCCAAAGUGGCCACCAAUAUCAUGCGAGCGUGGCUCUUCCAGCACCUUACGCACCCCUAUCCUUCAGAGGAACAGAAGAAGCAGCUAGCACAGGACACAGGCCUCACCAUCCUGCAAGUCAACAACUGGUUCAUCAACGCCAGGAGGAGAAUAGUACAGCCUAUGAUUGACCAGUCUAACAGAACAGUGGGCCAGGGGACAGCAUACAGCCCUGACGGUCAACCAAUGGGAGGCUUUGUACUCGAUGGACAGCAGCACAUGGGAAUUCGACCUGGCGGACCAAUGGGUGGCAUGGGAAUGAAUAUGGGCAUGGAUGGACAGUGGCACUACAUGUAAACCCUCUCCAACUGAGGUUAGCCUGAAGAAGAUGGUGAAGCCUCCAUGGUUUGCUCAGGGAAAAUUCCAUCCUGCCGAGUGGUCCAAUGAGAGCGUGACUCUGCCCCAGUCACACCUGUACCCAUCAUCAGACCACACCCACCUCACCACCCCACUGGAGCACAGAGGACCACACCUACCCUGGGACAACCCACACCUGUACAGACCGCGCCCACAUUGACCUUUACUAACUAACCCCAUGCCUGGAGGACCCCGCCCACAUUGACCUUUACUAACUAACCCCAUGCCUGGAGGACCCCGCCCACAUUGACCUUUACUAACUAACCCCAUGCCUGGAGGAAGACCAGGAUCUAGGAAUAAACAUCAACAUUUACAGACUACAACAAUCUUCCAAAACAAAAAAAGACUUCUGAAUGAACAACAGAAGCUAAAAUGACCUCAACAACAUUUUGACACAUUUUAGUUUUCUUUUUUAAAUUAUUUAUUUAUUUUUCUACAAUGGUGGACCAUCGGGACAAGAACUUUUAAGUCUUUGCCUGAGAUAUAUUGUCACAAUUGUACAUACACACAGCCUGCACACACACACACACACACACACACACACACACACACACUAACACAUAUUCUCACACACACACACACACUUCAUCCUAUGAACACACCAUGUGAAAACAACCACUGUGGAAUAUCUAAAAGGAUGAUGAAGACUAAGACUUUUAAUAACUGUUGUGGUGUAUAGACUUGUGCUUUUUCAUUUGAGUGUUCUGUCCAUGUUUGUGCUUUGUGAUCACUAGUUUAUAGAGUGAGAGUUUAUCACUGAUCCCACCUUUAUGUGCUGUGGAAGAGAGAGGGGUUGACUCGGAGUCUGCAGCUCCAUCCAGCUCCCAACAAAAAACCAAGCCCUCUUUUUAUAAGACUGACUCCAUACUGGUAAGGUAGAUCCUGGACUGACUUCAAUUUAGAUCAUUUUCAAAUAGUUUUAUAGCACACAGGAAGAAGGGAAAGGUUUCAACACUAAAAAUACAAAUAAAAACUCAUUUUAAAA